AUGCUAUCUGUUUUGAGCCUUCUAGCUACGGGAACAGCCGGGUCGAUUGCAGAGCUGACCUUGGACCCUAGGUUGAAAUACUGGGUCCUCCUACCGAUUUCACUUGUAAUGGUGUUAACGGGUAUUUUACGUCAAUACAUCAUGGUAUUGAUAGGCCCCAAAUUGAGAGGCCAGCCAAGAGUAAAACAGACAGAAUCUCAAUAUUUAUUGAAAGGACAAGCAUUAUUGGCAAAUGGAUCUAAUUUAGACAGUGAUUCAUUCGAGAUAAGGAAAAUGAAACUGUCUCAAAUUCUAAGUGAAGGUAGAUAUGUCGCUAAAACAAAUAAUGGCAGCGCUGCUACAGGCAAAGAAGAAAUGCCAAACCCAUUUACUGAUCCAAACUUUUCAGAUUCGAUGAUGUCCAUGGCAAAGAGUAAUUUGGCCAAUUUUAUCCCACAAACACUAAUCAUGUGGUGGGUUAAUCACUUCUUUGCUGGCUUCGUUCUGAUGAAACUACCUUUUCCAUUAACAGUCCGUUUCAAAGAAAUGCUACAAAGUGGUAUCAUGACUGCCGACUUAGACGUGCGUUGGGUUAGUGCUAUUUCGUGGUAUUUUAUCUCAGUGUUAGGUUUGAACCCAGUAUAUAACCUUCUUUUAGCGGACUCAAAUGGUGAUCAGUUUGGACUAAUGCAACAACAGGAUAUGAUGAUGGGUGGUCCUGGCCAACCACAGCCAGCUGACUUGAUGAGAGGGUUGGCAAACGAUCUGAUGAUUGUGCAACAUGAAAGUUGCUUAGAUAAUGUUGAAGAAAGGGUCCUCAAACUAUAUAGUUAA